GGCACCCUGGGCGGAUGCCCAGAGACUCCGCCUUCCCAGGAGGCCCUGCGACGGGGAGCGAAGAUGGCGGCGGAGGCUGCAGCCCGACAGCCCUAAAGCAGCAGUUAUGGAGCCUCCCCCGGUGCCGGGGCCGGAGCGGCUCUUUGAUUCGCACCGGCUCCCGGGUGACGGCUUCCUACUCUUCGCGCUGCUGCUCUACGCUCCAGUAGGGUUCUGCCUUCUCGUCCUGCGCCUCUUUCUUGGGAUCCACGUCUUCCUGGUCAGCUGCGCGCUACCGGACAGCGUUCUUCGCAGGUUCGUGGUGCGGACCAUGUGUGCAGUGCUGGGACUCGUGGCCCGGCAGGAGGACUCUGGACUCCGGGAUCACCGCGUCAGGGUCCUCAUUUCCAACCACGUGACACCUUUCGACCACAACAUAGUCAAUCUGCUCACCAGCUGUAGCACCGUGAGUUGGGGACGAAGUCGAGAGCGCCGCGGGGUGGUUCCCGGGGCACAGCUCAAGGCUCCCUUCUCCACGUCCAGGUUUCCUCUGGGGACUCAAGAUACCGACCCUUACCCCAGACCCCGCCUUUCUACAACAUAUGUCAAUUUUUCUCCCUUCACAACAUUCUUUUCUUCUUUCUCUCCUCCCCCAUCCCAGCCUCUACUCAAUAGUCCGCCCAGCUUCGUGUGCUGGUCUCGGGGCUUCAUGGAGAUGGAUGGGCGGGAGGAGUUGGUGGAGUCACUCAAGAGAUUCUGUGCUUCCACGAGGCUUCCCCCUACCCCUCUGCUGCUGUUCCCCGAAGAAGAGGCCACCAAUGGCCGGGAGGGGCUCCUGCGCUUCAGUUCCUGGCCAUUUUCUAUCCAGGAUGUGGUACAGCCUCUUACCCUGCGAGUCCAGAGACCCCUAGUCUCUGUGACGGUGUCAGAUGCCUCCUGGGUCUCAGAACUGCUGUGGUCACUUUUCGUCCCUUUCACGAUGUAUCAAGUAAGGUGGCUCCGUCCUGUUCAUCGCCAGCUGGGGGAGGGGAAUGAGGAGUUUGCCCUCCGUGUACAACAGUUGGUGGCCAAAGAAUUGGGCCAGACAGGGACACGACUCACUCCAGCAGACAAAGCAGAGCACAUGAAGCGACAGAGACACCCCAGGUUGCGUCCCCAGUCAGCCCAGUCUUCUUUCCCUCCCUCCCCCGGCCCUUCUCCUGAUGUGCAGCUGGCAGCUCUGGCUCAGAGAGUCAAGGAGGUUUUACCCCACGUGCCACUGGGCGUCAUCCAGAGAGACCUGGCCAGGACUGGCUGUGUAGACUUGACCAUCACUAAUUUGCUUGAGGGGGCCGUAGCUUUCAUGCCUGAAGACGUCACUGAGGAGACCCAGUCCCUUCCCACAGCCUCCACCCCCAAGUUCCCCAGCUCUGGCCCAGCGACCCCUCAGCCCACAGCCCUAACAUUUGCCAAGUCCUCCUGGGCCCGGCAGGAGAGUCUACAAGAGCGCAAGCAGGCGCUGUAUGAGUACGCGAGAAGGAGAUUCACAGAGAGGCAGGCCCAGGAGGCUGACUGAGUACAGGAUGGCACCCAGAGCCGCAGGACGGAGACUGGGGGCAGCCCUCACCCAACUCACAACAGGCCGGAUGGGUGGGUGGUAAAAAGGGAGGCAUGGGGCUCCCCCCAAUAUCACAUUAAAUUCAGGGUUUUCACUCAA